AUGGCUGUCAACAUCCCAGGACUGAUUGCCAUGUUUUUUUUCUACCUUUUGGUUCUUGGAACCGGCAUCUGGGCUUCCUUCAAGUCCAGAAAGGAACAGAAGAAAACUGCAGCCACAGGAUUGGAUAUGGCCCUGCUGGGGAACCGGAGGAUAAACUGGGUGGUGGGAAUUUUCACAAUGACAGGUAAGGAAAUCCACCUUGGAGGAGAAUGAGGUUGAAACAUUGGAUUAUGUGUUAUUUUCUGGCUUAAAAAAAAAAGAAAAAAAGCUGUUCAGUUUAUUUUGAUUAUUUGAAAAUCCUGUAAACAAAAUGUACUAGUAUCUUCACUCUAAGCAGAAUUUGCUCUGUGCCUACUUCCAGUAUCACCAGCUCACAAGACCCACUGAAUCAGGUGUAAAGAGCCCCUACAUAACUGGUGCAUCAACAUGUGCAAUUUGUCAAACAACUUCUUUUUUCUUUUUUUUUUUAUUCCCACCAGGCCACACAAACUGGUGCCUUACUGAGCUUUUUUACUCCACUGAAUGAAGGAGUCCUUAGGCUUUUGCUUGACUCAAAGCUUACUCCCUGCCCACUGGACCCCGUCCCUGCAGACCUUUUGCUGACCAUUUUCCCUUCACUUAAUCCAAAGGUUACCCACAUUAUUUACUCAUCUGGGGUUAAUAAUUAUCUGAAUUAAUUUUUAUCUGGGGUUUUUCUCCACAGCAUUUAAGUAAACUCAGGUCAUCCAACUCCUAAAAACAAUCCAAUCUCCAGCCGGGCCAGGUUGAUAAUUACAUUCCAGUUUUGCAUCUGCCUUUUUUAUCAAAAAUCCUUCAAGGUUCAUUGAAGUUCAACAAUCUUAUUGAAGUGCUCCAUGGUUUUUCACAGCUUAAAGCAUCAGUUUCAAGUUACGCAUAUUUGGAGGUGUGGUUGCAUUUAGACACAGGUGUGAGCUGCUGGCUGUGCACUAAGUACCAACUUAGCAUGUUCUGCUUAUUGGGCUGUUGGUUCAGCUCUCAUUCUGGAGAUGCUGUGUUGUAGCCCUUUGGAAUUUUCCAUGACAAAACUGUAGUGCUGUACUGUCUCUCUCCUGGGUGUUUGAAUGUGUAGAAAUCGAUUGUUAUUCAUUAUUUCACGCUCCCACUAUUGUGUUGACAGAUUUUGGAUAAUAAUUUUAAAUCUGAAGGACUGUUGUUUCUAAAGAUUACUGGUUGUGGGCAAACAUGAUUGUCCAUGUGUAUUUUACCAAGUAUUGGCAGUAUGCAAACUCAGGAUUUUUUUUAAAAAAAAGCUCCUGUUCUCACAGUUAUUUAAUUAUUUGUGUGUGUGUGUGUGUGUGUGUGUGUGUGUGUGUGUGUGUGUGUGUGUGUGUGUGUGUGUGUGUGUGUGUGUGUGUGUGUGUGUGUGUGUGCAUGCGUGUUGAUUCACCUGAAUUCACCUGCAGCUACGUGGGUUGGAGGAGGCUUCAUUAAUGGCACAACUGAGAUGAUGUACACACCCUCUAUGGGACUGACUUGGACAGUGAUGAUAAUAGCUGCAUACAGCUUCGCUUUCAUAGUUGGUAAGUUCCUAAAAUUAAGUUACACAGAAUUUAAUACAGUUUUUUGUCAAUAAAAGAAAAACCUCAAAAAGUUGAAUGAAAUUUAACUAGUUUUUAAUUUUCAAAAUAAAUUAAUUCUGUUGCAAACUCAACAAAAAUUUUUCCUUCACUGUUGAGUAUCAAUCAUAGACUGUAUAUAAGAUGGACACCCUGGUUCCGCCUUCCUCCUGUAUACGGAUUUGAAGCCAAAAAGCUCUCGGUAAUUCCAGGUUUUUCUCCACUUCCUUGAAACCAGAGCUGCGCAGUAGCGAUGCGCGCAUUCGGCCACGCAGUUGCCGAGAGUCCCUGUGAUGAUGAUCGGCUCAAACAGCGUAUCCCCCGGAGAGCUACGCAAUCCCUGAACGCCCAUAGGCUGUACCAGGUGUCAAUCAUAGAAAACAUGAACCCCCUAAUAACUUUUAAAAAUGGAGCUUCACAGAAAAAAAAGGACUUGGGCACAAACCAGUUUUACAGUAACUACAUGUCAACAUCACAAGCAGGGGGGAGAAAAAUUUAUGUUCUGUGUAAUAAAUUUCUAAAGUUUGUCCACAGUCCCAUAAGCUUUGCUGGCGGAGGUGGGAUUUAUGACCUGUACUGCAGCCCACCAUCAGAGGGUCCUGUUCUCGGAGUGGCUUCACCCAGCAAGGAGGCAGACUCUGUCCAUCUUAUAUACAGUCUAUGGUAUCAAUGCAGUUAAGCUUGCAUAAUUUCCUGACUUCCCACUGAAUUUAUGGAUUUAUAAAAAAAUUAUUAGUGUGAUGUGUUCUGCUUUUUAUAUCAAGGUGGCUUGACAUUUGCUAAGCCAAUGAGAGAGAAGAACUUUGUAACAAUGUUGGACCCUUUCCGUGUCAAAUAUGGAAAAGUGCUGACGGCUGGACUGUGCCUGGCUUCACUUAUUGUUGAUGUGGUUUGGGUUACCGCAACGCUGAUCGGUUUAGGUGUGAGAACAAAUUCCUCUUAUUUUAUUCAGCAUUUAGUGAAAUUUGAAACAUAACUUUUUUCGGUGUAACUUCUUUCUCUGUAUGAUGUCUUUGAUACGAUGUAUUAUCCAGGAGGAACCAUGAGUGUGGUCCUGGAUUUACCCUACUCUGUUUGCAUCUGGAUCUCUGCUGUUGUGGCUAUCAUCUACACUCUGCUGGGAGGUCUCUACUCUGUGGCCUACACAGAUGUUAUGCAGCUUACCCUCAUAUUCCUUGGCUUGGUGAGUGCCCUAUGACUGCAAGACUACUAGAUUGGACUGAGUUCCAACAAAGGGGUCAAGCACUCCCAUCCAUUCCUUUAUUCUGUAAUUGACCUUGUAAAUAAUUUACUUUUUGUUUCCCUCCUUAGUAUACCUGUGUCCCAUUUGUUUUGAUGAACCCUUCCACUUUGGACAUAAGCCAGACACUGUUUAACAACACUUUACAUGAACCCUGGAUUGGUGCACCUGGGCUGGAUAAGAUCUGGAUCAUGAUUGAUAAUUUCUUAUUUUUGGUAAUGGAGAAAUUACACACAUAUAUUAUUAAAAAAGUCACAUUUAUAUUAAUUCAAAGUGAUAAUUAUUUCAUCACAGAUUAGAAAAGUGGGGCAUUGUAUGUUAUAACCAGAGGAUCAGUUGCCUCUUAUCUGAACAGUGAGGCUUUGAGUAUUAAGACAGAAAGAACUAUCUGCUUACUAUGGCUGCAAAUUUAAAUCCAAAUAGAUACUAAAGUGUGUUGUACAUUGUUUAAUGUGUGUUUUCUACUUUCAAGGCACUUGGGAGUCAAGGAUAUCAGUGCUUUCACCGAAGAUAA